CGAAAGGGUCAGUAUUGCGCACAGAAAGACGGAUCGAAUGCACACGCACAUGAAUUUACGCAUCAUGGCCGGAGUGGGAGUCGCAUGAAGGCAAGACAACGAUGAGUCGAGAGGACAUAGAGGGAGAGUCCAGAGAGAUGUGGGGGAGCUAGAUGUGAGGGGUGAGACACGUGACGUACGCGUUGUCUAGGGCGGGUUUUUGUGUCUGGUCAACGUCGUUCGCGUCGUCCUCUCUCCUCCCUCCCGUAGCCCCCACGUUCAAACCCACUCUCGACGACUAGAUUCAUCGACGCCAUAUGGCCACGAAACUUAUAAUGAGCUCUCCCGCCAUCCUGUCCCAGUCCAAGGCCCAGCUGGUCGACUUCAGCAAGCCGUUCAAGAACGAAGCAGUUAUCCGCCUACGAAACAGUUCCCUCACUCUCCUUGCCUCUAUCGUUCUUGCGACAGUGCUCCCUAUACCAUCACCAUGGACCUCAACCAACAUCGUUAUGUCACGGCCAAGGAACACUGGCGCGUUCUGGUUCGCGCUAUGCUCGCUAGAGCUCCUAUUCCUCGGGUUACUAUCUCUGAACAUCGUUCAAGCAUUAUUCGCUCUCAAGUAUCCGCGUAACCCACUACCUUCAACACAAACCCCCGUCAAAUUCGCCAUGACUCCACCCACCAAGGAAAAGAAGCGGUUGGUUAUGUCGCCCGCCUCGACUCCGCAACCCCAACGCGAGUUUGGCGCCUCGUAUCGUUCUUCGCCCCUAUCCACUCCUUCCCGCACCCUUCAGUACUCCCUUCCGCCUUCCGUCUCACCCUUCAAGGGUUCUGUGCCCUCCAUUCCCUCAACCCCCUCUCCAUCCAUCUCUUCCCCCCUGGCAGCAUACCGUGGGCGUCACUCUACGUCGGUUGGCCAGCCCCUAGAUGGUUCCGUGCUCCGUCGCCUUACAUCCGACGAAGACGAGGAAGAAUGA